AUGUCGACACCAACGAACCCCUCAAAUGCUCGCACUCCAACCGGGCCCAAUGGCGCACCUUUGAUGAGAAUGCGUCGUCCAAAAGCAGCGGAUCCUUUGGUCCGACCUAAAAGAAGGCCUGCCCCCAAACCAGCUGGCGCCACUCCCGCCGGCAAUGGAACAGCCACUAAGACUCUUCCCUCACGGCCACAAACGUCCAAACCCCAGACUAUCUUCCAGUCCGACCGACCUAUGCUUGAGCUUUCGAACAAUAACAUGUCUGCGAAUGGCUUUAGCGGUCCUUUGCUCAGCGAUAAAUACUUCGAUUACCCGGUGGUGACGACAAAGCGAGCUCUGAUGGAAGGACUAAAGCAUCACAUCGCGCGAUUUGCUUCAAAGAAGAGCGUCGAUCCACGUGAUGAAUCACAAUUCACACGACCAGUCCGACUUCACCGCCGCGAUCCGCGUUCACGAACUCAUGAUCCAAAUUCGGGACGGUCCGAGAUCGAUGGCCAGCCUAUGGAUGAAGCUGAACGCGAAGCUUUUGAUGCCCGAAAAGCAGCACGUGAAAAAGAGCGAGCAGAAAACCUGUCCCAAAUCGCCCCUGCCCUCGGCUCAACCUCGAAACGACCAAAUGCCCCGAAGCAGAAAACACAGCAGGUUUUCAAGUCGGAUAUGACACCUGAAGAGAUUGCAAGGGCACGUAUCAAGUACGAAGAGGCCUUGCCAUGGCACCUGGAAGAUUUUGACAACCAGCAUACCUGGGUUGGAAACUACGAAGCAGCCCUGUCGGAAACACAUGCAGUAUUCAUUCUCGACAACGGGAAAAUGAGAAUGAUUCCGGUGGAGAAGUGGUACAAGUUCAACGCUAAGAGUAAUUUCAAGGCUUUGACUAUUGACGAGGCAGAGAAAUUCAUGGCGAAGAGAGUGAAAGACCCUCGAUGGUUUAUGGAAAAGCAACAACAGUUGGAGCAAGAAAAAGAAUUGGAAACAUAUGCUAAGCAGCGCAAAGUCUAUGCUGGAAAACAGGGCACAGCUGCCAAGGGCGCCGGGUUGGAGGCUGGUGAAAUGGAUUUCGAAGAGGAUCGAUUUGCCGACGACGAAGAGCACGAUGACCUCUUCAAUGAGGAUGAAGAUGCGAAGGAUGCCGAAAAGAGAAUCAAAGAGGACCAGCUCAAGGCGAAUGUGUUCGGUCUCAAGGACGAGAAGGAGUAUGAUGCUGAAGAAAUGCGAGAGAAACGUGAGAGAGAGGCCCGGCGUGUCUUGGGCAAGGGUGUGCGUAAAGCUCUGAAGAAGAGAGAACGGAACUUUGAUUACAGCAGCGGUUCGGACGUCAAUCCGUACACGGACGAGGAGAGCUCCGAUGACAGCGAAACCGAGCGGGCCAAGGAAGAGGAACGGAAGAAGGCAGAAGAAGAAAAGGCCCAGAAAGAAGCGAACUCCAAGGGAACAAAUACUCCCUCCGGUCGACCCAAGCAUACAGAUGCCCUGAAGAAACCGUCUCGGAAAAGGCUUGGAUCACCAAACGCCUCCGAUGCGAGCGGCACCGAUACAUCGCGAAAGAAGGCCAAAGGCAUGCAUCUCUCUGCGUCUCAACCCCCGUCGCGUCCGAUCUCUCCAUCAGCUUUGCAGACUGGCAAGAAACGCGUGCGAAAUGUUCCUGGUGGCGCUGGAUCUGGCAGUGAUGUCGACGCUGUCGGAUCUGGAGCUGAAAUGAGCGAGGGUGGCAAGAUCAAGAAACUCAAACUCAACCCUGUGGCUUCUCGUGGUGGCACCCCACAAGGGUCCCGCGCCGCAAGUCCUCUGCCUCGACUCCCCGGAAGCCGUGCCAACAGCCCUGACGUCCCCCGAGGCCAACGUGUGUCAACCCCAAUUUCUGGAAACCAGACGUUCCCGACGGCCGGCGAAAUUCACGCAGCCAUUCCAGCAUCAGGCAUCCUCAGCAGCGAUCUCCUGAAGGUCUUCCGUCCCCGCAUCGGCGAGUCCAAGGAGAACCAUCGGAGAUUCAUCGCCAUCGUCAAGGAUGUCAGUGUUUACGGAAAAGAGGAUCGUAUGCUGCGACCAGGUCCCUGGAAGGGGAACUAG